AUGCAGCUCACUAAUCUCUCCGCCCUCGCCCUUUUUGCUACUUCCGCUCUGGCAGCAGACUGCUUCGGUAACAGGCAAGAUGGUAUCGAGCGGUUUGAGCAAGCAUACUGGGAUGCUCGCCAGAAGAUGUGCAGCAACUCAGACUGCACCUACCAGCAGGGCUGCACCACCAGGGGUUCAAAGACCAUCAAAGGACUAGCAUCUAUCACUGUCAAUGUCGAACUGAGCCGCAAGAACACUGGCGGCAAGAAAGGAUUCAAGGAUUGCUGGGAUGCUACUGAGAACAUCAUCAACCAGUGCGUCAAGGGGACUCACCAGCUGAGUGGAACUUGGGAGUACAACGGUCAGCUGUAUCAGGUCAACGGAUACUAUUCUUAA